AUUAGAACAAUUUAAAAAUCAUUUUUUCAAUCUUAGUAUAAAAACUAAAAUUACUAAAGGAUAAUUCAUCAGUUUUCUUAGAUAACUCAAAUAAACAACAUGUUCAGAUUCGUCGCUUUGAUCGCCCUUAUUGGCUUCUGCGCUGCUGCUCCUUUGGACAGCGAAGUUGGUGCUGAGACUAAGGCUUUGGAAAAUGAAAUCUCCCCAGAAGGUGUUUUCCACUAUGCUUUCCAAACCUCAAACGGAAUCGAUAUCAACUCUGCCGGUGAUGCCAACGAAAUCCAUGGUCUUUACAAAUACAUCUCACCCGAAGGACAAGCCGUAGGUUUGUCUUAUACCGCUGAUUCUAAUGGUUACCAUCCAGCUGGUGAACUUUUGCCAACUCCACCACCAGUACCAGAACUUAUCAUCCGUGCUUUGGCUUACCUUCAAGCUCAUCCACAAAAGGAAGAAAGCAUCCGUAGGGUUUUGUAAAGAGUGUUAGAGUUAGACUAAAAUCAAGAGUGAUAAUGGUGCGAAAAUAAAUUAGACAUUGUUUGU